AUGGACGAAACAAGCUUCGCGCCAUCAAAGACAUCAAAGAAAGUUGUCGUAUAUCGCACGACAAAACACGUGUUUGCAGAGGAAUCAUCUGCGUCCGCGCAUGUCACCAUUAUCACAUGUGUUGCCGCCGACGGAACCAAGAUACCACCAUUGUUUGUGCUCCCCGGUAACCGAGUAUCUACGGAGGCGUGCGACAGCAUCAGUAUCCCUGGUGCCGCUAUCACAUCGUCGGAGAAAGGCUGGACGAACUCUUUCAUUUGCCGGAAAUGGCUGGCGAUGCUCAACUCACAGUGGGCGAGCCCAUCGAGGGGUCCGGGGAUGUUAUUGGACGAACGCCAGGUUCGGCAGCGCGUGGUCGCCAAGGACGUUGAUGCCUUUCUCCUUGAAACAAGCGUCCUACAUUACGACCCCUAUGUCAAAAUUGAGAGAGAAAGUGCGGUGCGGUUGGUGCAACGGUUCGUGAAACACUGUGGGUACCUCCGUGGCUCCAAGAACAGGCAAGAAGCCACGCAGCAAAUUAACCCAACAACCCGUCGCACAGUCGUGUACCUCGAUGAAAGCUCCGUCCAUCAUCACUACAACAAAAACGACAUCUCCAUGUACGAUCCUACCGAUGAUCUGGACGUCCAGCCCAAAGCGAAGCACAAAGGCCGCCGAUUUUGCUUCAUCACCGCUAUUGUGGACGGCGGCCCCGACAAUUCGAAAAUCCUGUUCUACGAAAAGUUUGUUGGUGGCAAGCAAACGAAGGACUGCCAUGGUAUGUUCGACAACUCGUACUUUGCGGACUGGUUUCACCGGCUCUUGGAGGCUCUCCAGGACCAUGCUAUCGCCAAUGCCAUCAUCGUCAUGAACAACGCAAAAUAUCACAAGUGCAUACCAGACACCACGCCGAAAUUCACGGGGCGUAAAGCCGACCUCAUUGACGUCUGCGACACCCUUGGCAUCGCCUACUCCCCCAGUGAGCUGAAGGCUACCAUCUGGGCCAAGCUGCAGCCAUACACGUCUGCUGUCGUACCUGAAGUUGUGGAGUUGGCAUCGCACGCCGGGCACGAGGUCAAGUACAGUCCGCCGCACCACUCAGACCUGCAACUUAUUAAGCUCGUGUGGGCAAUCGUCAAAGGUAAUGUCGGCAGACAGUACGACACCAAUACCUCCUUCCAUGACGUUGAGCAGCGCCUUGACGCGGCGUUCGAGGGUCUCACGUCACAAAUGGUCCACGGGUGCAUCAUGAAGGCGGAGAGCGACCUCCUAGCCAUCCAUCAGCACAUCAGCCCAAUUGAUGACGACGAUUACCAGGACUCGAGUGACUCAGACAAUGGGGACAGCGGCGGGAGCAGCGAGAGCUCGGACGACGAAAUCGUUGUUUUCGGUAUCCCGGAUUCAAUUCAACGCCCCAUUUUGUUGAUUUUGGACGGAUGCUCGUCGCACUACUCGGAGUACAUCUACGCAGAGGCAGCGUUGUUGAAUAUUUUGCUGCAAUUCCUACCCGCCAAUGCAACCCAUCUGUUCCAGUCGUUGGAUGUUACAGUCUUCAGGCCCUUCAAGCAGGCCAUCCGAAAGGCGAUUGAGGAUACCAUGUGGACUGACGUGUCCACAUGUAUCAGCAAGCAGCGCGCCAUCGAAAUCGCUUGCCGAGUCUGGUAUCAAUCGACGAACCAAUCACCAAUCACAAACGGCUUUGUGUGCACCGGACUCUGCCCCCCAUCGUUGGACAAGAUGUUGUACCGCCUGUCUCUUUUCAAGCCGUCUGCAGAUAUUGGGGUCAAUGAGACGUGGCAGAAAAGGGUUGAUAGUGUUCGUGAUCAUGGGCUACUUCUCCCGCCAACAAAGAAGCGAAAAAGCGCGACAAGAAAGACGUUGACCGUGAGCGGGAAGUUUAUCACGGCAGAUUACCACAACUUACUGCAAGCUGCAGCAAAGCCCAAGCGCAAGAAGAAGGCUACUCGCCAAACCGAAAAUAUUGUGGAAGAUUGUGUGAUUUAG